UGUCGGUUGUACAGUACACUACCAUGUUUGUUCACAGUUCGUACUUCUUAAAUCCUACUUAGCAGCGGCGAACCAAGCUCUAUUUCUCUCUCUAGAAACCUCGAUUUCUCUCUCUAGCAACCUCUUCAGGCAACGGCGAGUCAGAUACUAGAUGUUACUACCUUAAUCAUGGGACGACAAUUCAUGGUGAGAACAUACUUUGGUAAUGGAUAGAUCUUCUGAUUCGUUUUAUAUUUGACAUGGACAAUGGACUUUUAUUUCGAAGACUUCAUCAUCUCCAUAUCAAGAAACUCAUACUCUCAAUAGGAAUUUUAGCUGUUGUUCUGUCUCUUCUCCACUUAUUUGCAUUUCCGUAUGGGAACUACUUAUCAAUUUUCCCACACGACAAUGUGGUUUCGAUUUCAUCGACCAAUGGUAGCAAACCCUUUUCCGUAAAUCCUAAAUUGACCGAUUCCGAUAGUAAUCUUGAUCAAAAGAUUGACAGCGAUCAUAAUCUUCCAUCAGAUGAUGUGGGACAGGUGGACACUGCACUUGAAAUGAAGGAGAUCAAUUUAAACCUCGUAUCCAUUUUCGAACCUGAAAAACCAGUUCUUGUUUUGCCAAAGAAUUUGUCUUUGGUACACGACAAAGAACCUAAGAUCGAAGGCAGUGAUAUAUCUGUUACGCCUAUUAGCUCUGCACUGAGAAAGAAGGGAGGAAAAGCUAUGUCAAUCACUGAGAUGAAUUCGCUACUGCUCGUUAAUUCUGCGGAGAAGAAGUUAAAGAGGCCAAGGUUGGCUUCUCAACGCGAUCGGGAAUUGCAAGAUGCCAAAUAUCAAAUUCUAAACGCUCCCAUACAAAGGAGUAUUUCUCAAGUUCAUGCUUCUCUUUUCCGAAAUUAUUCCAUGUUCGUAAGGAGUUACGAAUUGAUGGAAAGCAAAUUUAAAGUUUAUAUAUACCGCGAAGGAGAAAAACCGAUUUUCCACAAUCCAUACACGAGGGGUAUAUAUGCUUCCGAAGGAUGGUUUAUGAAAUUGAUGGAGAAAAAUAAGCAAUUUGCGGUCAAAGACCCCAAAAAGGCUCAUAUGUUUUACUUACCGUUUAGUUCAGUAAAGCUGAGAAACGCACUUAACGAAUCGGGUUUUCGCAGUCAAAAGGAUUUGGAAAAUCAUCUGAAGAAGUACGUUGAUAUAAUCGCAACUAAAUAUCGUUUCUGGAACAAAAGAGGAGGAGCAGAUCAUUUCCUUGUUGCUUGUCAUGAUUGGGCCCCUCGCUCUACAAGGAAGAUUUUCGAAAAUUGCACAAGAGCCCUCUGCAACUCCAACAUUGCAGGAGGCUUCAAAAUCGGCAAAGACGUAUCUCUACCCGUAACAUACAUACGCUCCUCAGAGAAUCCAUUAAAAGACAUCGAGAAAAACCCGUCUCCGAAUAAAACUAUUCUAGCCUUCUUCGCCGGAGGAAUGCACGGUUACGUACGUCCGAUCCUCCUUCACUACUGGCAAAACAAACAGCCCGACAUGAAAAUUGUGGGGCCCAUGCCUCGAGAUAUUGAAGGCAAGGCAAAAUAUAGGGAGUUUAUGAAAGCCAGUAAAUAUUGCAUAUGUGCUAAAGGGUACGAAGUUCACACUCCACGAGUGGUGGAAUCUAUUUAUUACGAAUGUGUCCCUGUGAUUAUAUCCGAUAAUUAUGUGCCCCCGCUUUUUGAGGUUUUCGAUUGGGAAUCUUUUGCUUUGUUCGUUCUGGAGAAGGAUAUUCCAAAUUUGAGAGAGAUAUUGCUUUCUGUAUCGGAAGAUAGAUACGCAAUGAUGAAGAGGAGAUUGAAGAUGGUUCAAAGGUAUUUCUUUUGGCAUAAAAUUCCUGAGAAAUACGACUUGUUUCAUAUGAUUCUUCAUUCGGUUUGGUACAGUAGAGUGUUUCGGGUUUUGUAGUUCGAGGGGGCGAUGACCCCCCGCCACUCGUGAAAAAAAGUUCUAUUUUUGUAUAGAGAUUUAUCAAAAAAAAAAUUCAUGCAAUGUAGUGUAGUAUUGUUUCUCCAAAGAAAAUAGAAAAAAGAAUUGUUUGUAUAUAUUUCGGCCAUGUGAAUUAAUCUAAGAUACACUAUGGUAGUUGA